GGGUGCGGCGCAGGCGGUUCGAGUUUGGCGCGCAAUGGCGGCUGCGGCGGCGGCCACGGCGGCGGCGCCGCGGCCGCCAGGUGGCAGGGAGCCUCUGCGGCAGUGAGGAGCCAUGGCGGAGAAGGAGCGCACGCCCGAGGCCGCCGCGCCCGUGGAGAAGCCCAGCAAGGCGCCCAGGAGGACCCUGGCCACCGUCAAAGUUUUGAAGGUUGUUAAGGAGGCCCAGCUGGCUCACGGUCUUAGGCACAAUGAUUAUCAACUUUACCGCCAGUAUUGUAGCAGGCGGAUACGACGCCUGCGAAAGAACCUUAAGCUCAUACAGGGGGACAGGAAGAACUUUAGGAAGAAGGAAGUAACAGUGAACUUGCUGAAGGAGGAGAGGUUUCUCUUCAUUCCUCUUAUGACAAUAGAGCGUUGCUGGGCAUAUGCAAUGCAACUAAAAGAAGAAAGCCUUCAGGACAAUAGAAAGAAGUUCUCUAUGCGUAACAAACUUAGAAAAGCUGCAAAGUAUGUUGUAGCUUUUGAGAAACUUGUGGAGGACUGUGGUGUUUGUGAUGCCAGAACACAACUAGAGGUCCAGGGUUACUCAGCCUGGCUCCAGGGAACCGUCCUGUUUGAGCUGGCUGACUGGUCUUUAGAAUGGGAUAAACCAGUGGAAUUUUUCAACAAGGCCUUAACAAUUUACAGCAAAUUAAAGGAAGCAGUGUCAGAAGAGGAAUCUGAAGUAUACGCUAGCCGGUUACAAGAACUGGAAGUAAAGCUAAGGUUCUGCCGUCACCAUCUAGGUGACAAAAUGGCUACAGACACACUAUUAGCCAUGAGGGGAAGUGAAGCUCUUGGAGAUAAGCUGGAUAAUCUCCUGGCUUCAGCCAGAGAACGUCAAGCAUCUACCCUUAGUGAGGUUACAUGGAGAGGACGCACACUGGCAGUAAAGCAUGAGAAGGUACGCCUGUUCUUGCUGAAUGAAGGCUUAAUUCAUGAGGAGCUGGAGAACAUUGAGAGUGCUGAUAAACGCGUUGAAAUGUUGGACAAAUUGUUAAUGGAAUGCAAAGAUGCUCUUCAAUUGGUGAGAGAUGACCUGAAAAAUGAUCCUACUUUCAAGCCAAGACAACAAGUGAAUGAGGGUCCUGUCUCACCACUGCAUUUCCUACACACCUACUUGUCUUAUCAUCGCCUCAACCUGACAAUUUUAAGAAAUGUCGCUCUUGUGGACACUUAUCAGAAGAUCAUCUCUGGAGAAAUUAAG